AUGACGGCCAACAUCCCGCAACGAACGCCGCUGGAAGAGACGCUUGUGGUCCAUCCGACGGCUGAAGAGUUUGCUGAUCCGCUGGCGUACAUUGCAUCGAUUGCUCAUCGUCGCUCGGGUCCCUCGACCGUCUUUCUGGACAAGAUUCGUGUCUUUCAUGCCGCCCGUGGUCGCUCGCUGCCUACCACUACAGAGCAUGGCAAAACUCGUCUGACACUGCCCAUUGUUGAUGGUUCGGAACUGGAUCUGUUCUCCCUCUUUCGCACCGUCGUCGCCGCUGGCGGGCCAGCUGCUCUCGAUGCUGAUCCGGCCGGCUGGCGCAAGCUCGCGGAUACCAUGGCGCUGCACUCGACGUCGGCGGCGGUAGAAAUUCGCCACUGGUACGGGAUCUACCUCGCUGAGUAUGUCAGGGCCUACUGCACUGUGAUUGCCGCUGACAAGGCGGCGGCCCAGGAGCGGCGACGCAACAAGCGCGACCGGUCCGGCUCGGCAUCCGGCUCGGCCUCUCCGCCUGGAGUCGAACCGGGCGCCAAGCGAGCCAAGGGCCUUGGCGGCGAGGUGCUGGUCAACGCACCCGCAACGGCGGCGCUGGCAUCGGCCGACGGCGACGCCGGGAACGCGUGGAUCAAGCUGCCGCGCGACGCCAGCGGCGCUGUGGCGCUCGACGAGCGCGCCUUUGAGCUCGAGUCUGCCAACUGCUCGGUGGCCGAGACCAAGGCUGCUGCCAAGUUUGCGUUCCGGACCGGCGGUGACUACACGCUUACCUCAUUCCGGGCCAUGGACGUGGAGCGGCGCGAGCGGCUGUUUGGCCGCUCGCGGUCGCUCUCGAUUCCCGAGCUGGAGAGCAUGUUCUGGAAGGUCAUCGAGGACGGGACGAUGAUGAUCGACGCCGAGUACGGCGCCGACCUCGACGUGCGCCAGUACGGCUCCGGGUUUCCCAAGCACGGGCCGUACGGCUCGUCGGGCUGGAACCUCAACGUCAUGCCGACGCUCCCGGGCUCGCUCCUCUCGCUGCUGGAGGACGACAUUGUGGGCGUCACUAUUCCGUGGUUCUACGUCGGCUCGACGCUCUCCACCUUUUGCUGGCAUACCGAAGACAACUACCUGUACUCGAUCAACUACCUUCACCUCGGCAUGCCCAAGAUCUGGUACGGCAUCCCAUCGUCGGGCGCAAGCGCGUUUGAAAACGCCAUCCGCACCCGCCUCUCACACGAGUUUGAGGCCGCGCCCGAGCUCAUCCACCACCUCACCACCCAGAUGUCGCCGUUUGAGCUCCGCGACGCCGGCGUCCCGGUCUACCGCACCACCCACCAUCCGGGCCAGUUUGUCAUCACCUUUCCGCAGGCCUACCACGCCGGCUUCAACGCUGGCUUCAACGCCGCCGAAGCCGUCAACUUUGCCCUCCCUGACUGGCUCCCGUUUGGCUACUCGGCCAUUCUCAAGUACGCGCCCAUCAAACGCGAGCCGAUCUUUGCCUUUGAGCAUGUCGCCCUCAAGGUCGCCGUUCGCCAUGGCCGCGCCCUCUCGCUCAAGCAGCGGGCCAUGCUCGCCGAAAUCCUCGACGACGCUGUCUCUCGCGAGGAGCGGCUGCGAGAGGCCGUUGUCGCCGAGCUCGAUACUGACUUUGUUCUCGACUACGGCCCGACCAACGUCCUUUUCACCUCGCCGGCCCUCGCCUCGCGCUCCAAGCCGGCCCAGGAUCCCGACGACGAGGAGUUUUGCUCUAUCUGCAAGCGCUUUGUCCCGUUCUCGCUCGUUUACUGCGGCACAAACUCGCGGGUCAUCUGCCCCGAGCACCACUCGUUCUCCAGCCACCCGUUCAAGCAGCCGGUCGCCCGCUAUGCCAUUGCUGACCUCAAGCGCGUCGUCGCCUCGCUCCGCGACACGCCUGCUGAUGCUGCUCAUCGCGCCGCCGUGGCUGCCGAGGCCGAGGUUGACGCUAAUGCUGUUGCUGUGGCUGCAACCAGUGACGGGCUCAAGCCCAUGGCUGGCGUCAAGCCCGAGCCAGAGGCCAAGACUGCUUUGCCGGAGCACACUGCUACAGGCAGUCUGGCGCCGAUGGACCUCGCUCUGGCGUCGGCUCGCUCUCCUCCUUCGCCGCCCCUCCAGUCCCAGCCGGCACCUGCGCCGACGUCUCCACCUGCACCUGCGCAAGCGCCAGCGGUCAUGCAGGCGCCCAAGGCCUCUGGGCAUCCCACGCUUGUACCAAGCAUCAUCGACAUCAAAUAA